AGACGCCUGAGCUGAAACAGAAAGUAAAGUUGUUCUUUUUUACAGGAUCCAUUUUGAGACGACAGAGCAGAAAACACUAUAUGGAGAGAAGUAAACAAUAAAAAUCUCCAACCAAACUCAGAGACCAGUCUCUCCAGUAACCAGUCAUCUGUCCAUGAAGAGUGACUUCUCUAUGGACCAUCCUGUUAAUUUGAGUGAUGGAUCAGGAACCUUUGACCCCAGAGGUGUCAAAAGGACUCAGAGACCAGUCUCUCCAGUAACCAGUCAUCUGUCCAUGAAGAGUGACUUCUCUAUGGACCAUCCUGUUAAUUUGAGGGAUGGAACAGGAACCUUUGACCCCAGAAUCUCCAACCAAACUCAGAGACCAGUCUCUCCAGUAACCAGUCAUCUGUCCAUGAAGAGUGACUUCUCUAUGGACCAUCCUGUUAAUUUGAGUGAUGGAUCAGGAACCUUUGACCCCAGAGGUGUCAAAAGGACUCAGAGACCAGUCUCUCCAGUAACCAGUCAUCUGUCCAUGAAGAGUGACUUCUCUAUGGACCAUCCUGUUAAUUUGAGGGAUGGAACAGGAACCUUUGACCCCAGAAUCUCCAACCAAACUCAGAGACCAGUCUCUCCAGUAACCAGUCAUCUGUCCAUGAAGAGUGACUUCUCUAUGGACCAUCCUGUUAAUUUGAGUGAUGGAUCAGGAACCUUUGACCCCAGAGGUGUCAAAAGGACUCAGAGACCAGUCUCUCCAGUAACCAGUCAUCUGUCCAUGAAGAGUGACUUCUCUAUGGACCAUCCUGUUAAUUUGAGGGAUGGAACAGGAACCUUUGACCCCAGAAUCUCCAACCAAACUCAGAGACCAGUCUCUCCAGUAACCAGUCAUCUGUCCAUGAAGAGUGACUUCUCUAUGGACCAUCCUGUUAAUUUGAGUGAUGGAUCAGGAACCUUUGACCCCAGAGGUGUCAAAAGGACUCAGAGACCAGUCUCUCCAGUAACCAGUCAUCUGUCCAUGAAGAGUGACUUCUCUAUGGACCAUCCUGUUAAUUUGAGUGAUGGAACAGGAACCUUUGACCCCAGAAUCUCCAACCAAACUCAGAGACCAGUCUCUCCAGUAACCAGUCAUCUGUCCAUGAAGAGUGACUUCUCUAUGGACCAUCCUGUUAAUUUGAGUGAUGGAUCAGGAACCUUUGACCCCAGAGGUGUCAAAAGGACUCAGAGACCAGUCUCUCCAGUAACCAGUCAUCUGUCCAUGAAGAGUGACUUCUCUAUGGACCAUCCUGUUAAUUUGAGUGAUGGAACAGGAACCUUUGACCCCAGAAUCUCCAACCAAACUCAGAGACCAGUCUCUCCAGUAACCAGUCAUCUGUCCAUGAAGAGUGACUUCUCUAUGGACCAUCCUGUUAAUUUGAGUGAUGGAUCAGGAACCUUUGACCCCAGAGGUGUCAAAAGGACUCAGAGACCAGUCUCUCCAGUAACCAGUCAUCUGUCCAUGAAGAGUGACUUCUCUAUGGACCAUCCUGUUAAUUUGAGUGAUGGAACAGGAACCUUUGACCCCAGAAUCUCCAACCAAACUCAGAGACCAGUCUCUCCAGUAACCAGUCAUCUGUCCAUGAAGAGUGACUUCUCUAUGGACCAUCCUGUUAAUUUGAGUGAUGGAUCAGGAACCUUUGACCCCAGAGGUGUCAAAAGGACUCAGAGACCAGUCUCUCCAGUAACCAGUCAUCUGUCCAUGAAGAGUGACUUCUCUAUGGACCAUCCUGUUAAUUUGAGUGAUGGAACAGGAUCCUUUGACCCCAGUGGAUGGUCUACUCUGCCAGAGGAUCAGUCCAGGUGUGCAGUGUGUCACCAGGUGCUGAGGGGUUCAGUCUCUAUCACAUGUGGACACAGGUUCUGCAGACAGUGCAUCACCAGAUACUGGGAGAAACCUGCUCCUUCAGGAGACUAUGACUGUCCUCAGUGUAGAAAGAGCUCCAGAACACGUCCUGUACUACAGCACCUGAGUGAACCUGAUGAUGCAAGAGUCUCUGAAAUCAUGGAUGACAGCCUGCAGAGAGCCAUAGUAAACCAUAAAGACAGUCUGAAAAGGAGGUAUGAAUGUGUGAUAGAAGGCAUUGAAAAAGCAGGGCAUCAAACUCCCCUCAACAGGAUUUACACAGAGCUCUACAUCACAGAAGGAGAGAGUGAAGGGGUUAACAAUGAACAUGAGGUGUGGCAGCUAGAGACAGCAUCCAGGACACCAACCUCACAUGACACAGCAAUCCACUGCAAUGACAUCUUUAAACCCUUACCUGGCCAAGAGAGAAGCAUCAGAACCGUGCUGACGAAGGGCAUCGCUGGCAUCGGAAAAACUGUCUCUGUGCAGAAGUUCAUCCUAGACUGGGCUGAAGGGAAGGCAAACCAAGAUGUGGAUAUCAUAUUUAUGCUUCCUUUCCGGGAGCUGAACUUGAUUAAAGAUCGGCAGUACAGUCUUCUCAGACUUUUAAAUUACUUCCACACAGAACUAGACAUAGGCAAUGCAAAGAAACUCACAGCCUGUAAAGCUAUGUUCAUCUUAGAUGGUUUGGAUGAAAGCAGAUUUCCAUUGGAUUUCCAGCAUAUUGAAAUGGUGUCUGAUGUCACACAGACAUCGUCUGUUGAUGUUCUGCUGACAAACCUCAUCAAGGGGAAUCUGCUUCCCUCUGCUCUCCUUUGGAUAACUACUCGACCUGCAGCAGCCAAUCAGAUCCCUUCAGGGUGUGUUGACCAGGUGACAGAGGUACGAGGGUUCAACGACCCACAGAAGGAGGAGUACUUCAGGAAGAGAUUCAGUGAUGAGGACCUGGCCAGCAGAAUCAUCUCACAGAUAAAGACAUCAAGGAGCCUCCACAUCAUGUGCCACAUUCCAGUGUUCUGUUGGAUUUCUGCAAUAGUCCUUGAACACAUGUUGAGUACAGACAAGAGGAGAGAGAUGCCCACGACUCUGACUGAGAUGUCCAUACACUUCCUGCUCAUUCAGACCAGCCUGAAGAACCAGAAAUAUCAUGGAAGAGAUGAGAUGGAUCAAGAGGAGCUCAUGGAGUCAGAUAAGGAAAUUCUUCUAAAGCUGGGUAAGCUGGCGUUUGAAAAUCUGGAGAAGGGUAAUCUCAUGUUCUAUGAAGAAGAUCUGAAAGAGUGUGGCAUUGAUGUCAAAGAAGCCUCAGUGUACUCAGGAUUGUGCACACAGCUCUUUAAAGAGGAAUGUGGGCUGUACCAGGACAAGGUGUACUGCUUUGUUCAUCUGAGCAUUCAGGAGUUUCUCUCAGCUGUCUACAUGUACCAUUGUUACACAACCAGGAACAUGGAUGCACUGAAGCCCUUCCUCAAGAGAAAGUCUAGAGCCGCGUCUGAAGAGCUAACCUUGCAUGACCUGCUGAAGAGUGCUGUGGAUAAAGCCUUGGAGAGUAAGAAUGGACACCUGGACCUUUUUGUCCGCUUCCUUCAUGGCAUGUCACUGGAGUCCAAUCAGAAACUCCUACGAGGUCUGGUGACACAGACAGAAAGCAGUCCAGAGAGCGUCCAGAAAACGAUCCGUUCCCUUAAGGUGAUGCAGAGGAAGAACAUCUCCCCUGAGAGGUGCAUCAAUCUCUUCCACUGUCUGAUAGAGAUGAAAGACCAUUCAGUACAGGAGGAAAUCCAAGAGUACUUGAGGUCAGAGGACAGAUCCAAAAACCUCACACUUGCUCACUGUUCAGCGUUGGCCUACAUGCUGCAGAUAUCAGAGGAGGUUCUGGAUGUGUUUGACCUGAAGGAAUACAAGACAUCACAGGAGGGUCGUAGGAGACUGCUCCCAGCUGUGAGGCACUGCAGGAAAGCUCUGUAA